AGGGUCUGGAUUGCAGGAUCAAGGACGCGAGCGCCGCCAUUUUGAAUGACGUGGGUGUGACGCACAUCGCGCGCGCGGAACUCCUGUGAUUCUUCAGAACCCGCGAACUACAAAAUUGAACUGGCACCGCAGAUCUUCAGCAUGACCUGCAUCAGUAGACCUGGAUUCCUCCUAAGUGACAGUGACUCCAGUGAUUCAGAGCAGCUGCCUGUGUUUGAUUUCUCACAGUCAAAAUCCGGACAGCCCAACCUGGUGGUUUUAGACAUUUCAGACUCAGAAAUGGCUCCUGUUUCUGAUCCAGUUUCUUCUUUGGAAGUCCACGCCUCCGCUGGAGCUGCUAGAAGUGACGUGUUGAUGGUCAGUAGUGACAGUGAAGAAGAGGAAGCUAUGAUUCCCUUAGCUGUAAGACUGAAACAGAAACAGCUUGGUCUGGGUACAGCAACUAUCAGUGCAGAUGAGACCCGGGCUUCUAAUGUGGUUUCCAAUGGAUGCUCACGCCUCUUAGAUGUUCCAGCACAUCAUAUCAACCCUGAGGCCCAGCCGGUUGAACGUAACAAGAUCUGUAGCAAUAUAACAAGGCAGUGCAUCUCAAACAACAAUGCACCAUACCUCACAAAAGAACCUCCACCUGAAGCAGAAAAUGGCACUUACCUGGCCAAACGCAAGAAAACCCCAGCAGAAGUUGAAGUUGCCAGACAGGAAACCCUAAGGAAAAGAGCAAUGCAAAAGCAUCAGCAGGAAGAGAAGGAGAGAUUGAGGAUGGAGAAGAAAGCUCUGGCUGAUGCUGUGAAAAUCCUAAGGCCAGAGGAGUGCAUCAAACACCUGGUGGUGACGGUCGAUCCAGGCCUACUGCAGCUGGAAGGUGGCGGCGCUCUCCUGACUUCUCUGCAUGCCAUGGGCUGCAGUUGUGCCAUAGAGAAGCAGUCUCUUCCUCGUAGUGUCAGCUGGGCCAGACGCUCACCUUGCCCUCAGACUGGUGAGAUGAUGUCCAUUCCAGACUCAAAUACUGUAAUCCAAGUUCCUGUGGAUGACUUUGUAACCAUGAUUAAUAACUACUGCAAGCGGCAAUGCAACGGUGUGUUGAUUGAAAGCGGCAUAUCUCUGACCACUUGGAUCCAAGGACUUAUGAGCAGGAACCCAGGCAGAACCCUCAGUCUGGUUGUGAUUGACAUAGACAAGUACUUCAGAUCCCAGAAUUCAAAAUGUCAGAAGAAAUACCGUGAGGCGGUGCUGGGUGAGGAAAAGAAUGUAGGACUUCAGGGAGCGCAGAAAAAGAGAAGAAAGAAAGAUGAUAUCAAUCAGCUUCCUGAGGUCUCGCGAGUGCAGGUGGAGGAGGCUUUGGUAGACCUGCAACUGCAAACCGGGGUCCAGGUUCGCUUCCUCUCUACCUGGAAAGACUUCACUGAUUAUAUUACCAUGUCAACCAAAGCAGUAGCCGAGGCACCGUUCAAACGGGAGCGAGAGAAGACGGGUUUCACAUUUUGUUUGGAGAGUGAGUGGGCAGGGGGUCAGAAGGUGGACCGCACAGGGAACGGCCUUCUGCAAGUUUGGAAGAGGCAAAUACAGCAGUUGAACCGCGUCAGCCCUGAUAUGGCCAGUGCUAUACUCAGUGCCUACCCUUCUCCUCGGCUUCUUACUCAGGCAUAUGCACGGUGCAAAUCGGAACAUGAAAAAGUUGGUCUGCUGGCAGACAUACUCAUUCGUCGUGGAGAGGGCGUGACUUCUACAACCCGCAGAGUUGGUCCAGAGCUUUCCAAACGGCUGUUUCUUUUGAUGAUGUCAUGUGAUGCUCAUCAGCCCCUUGAUUCUGCUGUAUAGGUUCUUCUGUCUCCUUGUACACAUUAGGACAAUUGUCAAAAGCAUAGUGCUAUCGAUAUUUAUUACAGUUCAGAUAUUUUAUAAACUUCAAGCCUGAAUUUGCCAGAUUUUCAAAAAAGUUAUAUUUCUCAGUUUUUACAAUAAAUUGUUGAUAUUAAAUGAUUCUCAAAGUAGCUAAAAAACAUUUUACUUUACCUCCAUCAGAAUUAGUUUUUCUCAAAUUACCCCAUUGCAAACCUUUAUGUACCUCUUUAUACUAAAGGGGGAACCUUGAAAGUUUCUUCGAGCUUUUUGUUCUCUUCUUUCCAGUGGCAACUAACCUUGGACGGAAGCCGAAAUGCAGUAAAUGAUCAAAAAUGCUACACAAGCACAGUAUUUCUUGGACACAAUUAAGACCAAUAGGUCAUACCCAAGCUGAAUCAUUUAGAAUUAAUUCCCUUUAUGUUAUUUUUACAUAUAUUACCAGCACUAGAGAGGGCACUAUUAAUUACAAAAGCUUUUGGCUUUUUUCCUGUUUAAGGCACUAUUGCACUCCUUUCGGUAACCAAAAUGUCCCCUUGAGUCACUGUCUAAGGACCGUAGAGACUCAUGGCUCAUUUCCAGCACACUAGACAAUGGCACCUGACCAAGGAGUGUCGUGUUGCCGGAAACGAGCGGUGGGGUAACGAGCUGUUAAAUGUGCUUAAGAGAUGAGCUGCAUGCUUCAUACCUGUCCCUCAAGGCAGUAUUUCCUCUACAGUUUAAGGGAUGGCAUAACAAACUAUGGCUAGUAGGUGUGUGCUUGUGCCGAAGGGAAUUAUAUGAGCAGAAGUACUGCAGCUUGAAAAGGGAUCACCUUGGAGUGAUUGUUUAGCUGAAUAGUAUGAAAUCCAAUUUCCGUGUACUCUGAAUGCAGACUAUAAUAGCUUUUACGACCUAGAGUCUGCAGUGCUACUGCUAACGUCUUCAGUGGCUUGUGAAUGGUUGAAUGAGACUUUAGUUUCCAAAAAUCUGUUGUAGAAUAUCAUAACUUACAAAGUACAAUGUAACUCGUCUAACCUAAACGUUUAGGAGGAGGAAUUGUUUCUCUAAUAGUGUUUCAUUUGCAUCAUAAUACAAAUAUCUGUGGAAGUGCGAAGGGUCUGUUUAUGUGUCUGCAAUGUGCAUAUAUGAGUCAUGACUACUCCAAAUGAUAGAUUGCACCUUGUAAAGAAUUUCUGUUCAGCAGAGUAGCAAUUUCUCAUUUCUGGUGCAUGCAGGAUUUUUCCUGCUUCUUGUUGGAGAUUAAUAAGGAUUGGGAGUGGCGGUAGGUCAACGUCGGCCACCUUCACUCACAGUCAAUAGAAGCAAAGCAGGGCUGUUAGUCACUGUCCUUCUCUAGAUAUUCUCAACUCAGCUCAUCUCUUGGAAAAAUGCGCCUUCUUAUCGGCCGCCACACAAGAUGGAGUGCUACAGGCUGCGCCGGUAAUGGUUCUGUGAGUAUGUUUUGUUCCAGUUCCAGUUUGGUAUUCUUGACAGAGUGGGUGCACUUCCAAUAUCUUGGGUUGUGCCACAGUAAUGCCACCUGUAGUGUGCUGGCCCUUUGUUGUCAGUGGCAUAAUAAUCAUACAUUUCCUCAGGCAAGUGAAAUGGCAACAAGACAAAAGUCUCUGAUAUUAAUCUUCAAUUGCAUUCUCAUGUGUUUUGCCUUGGCGCUCGGUGAAUCACGAUCCACUCUGAGCCACUUGUUAAAAUGACAAGAGAGAAUGUCAAAGACUACAACAAUCUAUUUCAGAGCAUGAGUAGGCCGGUCGCUGUGGUAUUGGUUUCUUUGCCACCAGCGUUCAAUCAAUGUUUUCUGCUUCUCUUUAAAAAUUAAUUAUAUGGCUCUCUUUCUGCCUUUUUGUUCAUUUGCAAAUCAGACUCAAGCGAUUCAAAUGUUCAGAUCCUGCUCUUCUGGAACAAGAGAUGCAAAACCCUUAAGAAAACUUUGGCUGCCAGAGCUAGAGGAUUUUUAACUACAGAGGGAAAGCAGUGUUGAUUUUGUUUUGUACCUUGCCCUCUCCUACUACCCUUUUUUUUAGACUGCACUUAUGUACAGAGUUUUCCUCUCUUACAGUGGAUUUUUAGUGGUUUUUGUUCCAGUUGGUUAGGUGAAUUUUUGAUUUCCACAUGAGGGCAGAAUUGUUUCACACUGACUGUACACUGACUAGACCAAUGUAUCCACACUGGUGUUGCUGUUCUCAGCUUGAUGUUUUAUUGAACACCACAUUGCGAUCCAACACAGUAGCAAGAUUCUUAAAAUUGAACAAAUGUAUUAAUGUUACCAUGAACUGCAUAGAUUGAACAAUAUGCAAAAUUGUUAUUGUGACAGGCUUGUCUAUAUGGUUUGAGUGUCUGAUGUCUCUUGAAUUUUAAUGGCAUCUUUCUCUUAGCAGACAGUAAUUCACUGCACAAGUUUAUGCUCCCUGGCUGCAAGUGGUAUGUAGUCCGGAUUGUUUGAUUGAUCUGAUUUUGUUAGUUGUCACAUGAAGGUAAACAAAUAAAAUACUUCAGUCUUUUAAAAAA